UCAUCUCUGGCUAAUCGUUGAGAGGACAUUGGUGUUGCCUUGGCGGAGCUUCGCGCUCUCUGAGUGCUCUUGUUUUAUAUUUAAAUUCAUGUUCAUUAACAUAACAGAUACGUCUUCGUCCCGAUUUCCAUCAGAAAUAUCUUAACAUUUUCAGUAGUUCAAAAUAUUUUUCUAGUUUCACAAAUCACAAUCGCAGAUUACCCAAACACUUGGUUCUUUAAAUGGUUUGAAAAACCAAUUGAAAUAUUUGUCGUAAAAACAACAUAAUGCUGACGGGGUUGAGAAAAUUAGUUUCACCGGAAAUUCUCGUGAAACGAGGCAGAAAGUGGAAUCGGUGUUGGCCAGAAGCGCUGGCUUCUUCACAUCAUUAUGUCGACUCUUCAGCUGCGGCUGGUACCAUUCUUGGCUAGAACUUUAAAGCUUCAAAAUGGGUGCCGAAUGUCAGCAGUAUACCGUUUACCCCAGCAUAAAUACAAAACUAAAACAACUUCCUUCUCUCCGAACUACAGAAAGUUUAAUUCCAUCGCCAACAACAACAAUAUUUACCGACAAAACUCGGCCACCACCAGCUUGCUCCUUGUUUCUACUCAAGGAGCCAACCGAUGGUUUAGACGUAGCAGUCAUUAUGACAAAUGGACUAACCUCUGUUUUGAAGAUAUGGAAGCAUUGAUUAGCUGUGGAGAUAUUCAACUCUUUGAUGUUCGGGAACCCAAAGAAAUACUGGACACUGGUAAAAUACCCUGCGCUAUAAAUAUUCCUUUCAUUGGGCAACAACCUUUGAAGGAUUGGGCAUUGCUUUGAAGGGUCUCAGUUAAG